CGUGGGUCAUUCAUGUAUAGAGAGAACUUCUUAGUACAGCUUAAAGUGGAUAGAAAUUCACACUGCAACUGUUAAUCCAAACCCAGAUGGCUUCCGUGGUUUUCUCUUCGAUUUCCUCUGCACCUUUGAGUGGUAUUGGCAGAACCAAACCAAACCCAAGCACAUAUCAAUCAUGGUUUCCUUCUCCGUCCAUGGCUCUCCUCACAUUAUCCAACAAAACCUCUUAUGGGUCAUCUAAAUCAUCAUUUUUUCAACCUGGGUUCUCAUUUCAGGCAUCAAAUAUUUCUGGGUUUCUCUUAAAAUAUGGAUCUUCGGGUGUCGUUUACGCGAGAGCUGCCACAGAGAAGACUAUAUAUGAUUUCAGUGUAAAGGAUAUUGAUAGGAAGGAUGUUGCUCUUAGCAAAUUUAAGGGGAAGGUUCUACUGAUUGUCAAUGUUGCUUCGAAAUGUGGUUUGACGACAUCAAAUUACUCAGAACUCUCUCACAUAUAUGAGAAGUACAAAACUCAAGGAAAAAACGGAGGGAAAAUUUUUCCUGGCUUCAACAAAGACAUCACCUUAUUAUGUGAUCUUGCUGCAGGAUUUGAAAUUUUAGCUUUCCCCUGCAAUCAGUUUGGUGGGCAAGAGCCUGCAUCAAAUCCAGAGAUUAAGCAGUUUGCUUGUACAAGGUUUAAAGCAGAAUUCCCAAUUUUUGAUAAGGUCGAUGUGAAUGGACCAAGUACUGCUCCGGUUUACCAGUUUCUAAAGUCAAGUGCUGGAGGAUUUUUAGGUGAUCUGAUCAAGUGGAAUUUUGAGAAGUUUUUAGUGGACAAAAAUGGUAAGGUUGUUGAAAGAUACCCGCCGACAACUUCACCUUUCCAAAUUGAGAAGGACAUCCAGAAGCUCCUUGCAGCCUGAGUAUUGAACCCAACAUAAAUGUUCCGUCAUCGGCCAUACUGAUGCGGGGAAGAAACCUCAACCUUCAGGAAACUGGAUUCCUUGGGUUUCAGCCACCAUGUCUCAUUAUGUUAUACCUUGUUGUUAUACCUUGUUUCUUUUUACGGCAUUUUUGCUUUGUUUGUGAAAGAACAUAAAGAGAGAAGUGGAAAAAUAGUAGAAACUAGGUACCAAAUUCGUGAAGUUGUGUGUUCGGUAAUUUAUUAUUGUUGCGUUAAAAGCUGUGUUUUCUAUUUCCUUUUCAUGUUACCAUAAGAGAACAGGAAUGACAUGCAUGCCAAGUUGGUAGUACUACUUGUUAGUUAACUCAACUGCUUAUAUAUUCUAAUUGUAUAAUAUAAAAAUAAGAAUGACACAAUUGUAUUAUAUAUUC